AUGUCGGAAUCCCACGACGCGCCGUCGGCGGAUGUAGCUGCCAAGCCUAUUCCGGACAAGACGCCGGAAGAUUCCACCGGAAAGUGUCUGCUGGACAGGCCGCUCCACCAGCUCACCGAGGACGACAUUGCUCAGCUCACUCGCGAAGACUGCCGCCGCUAUCUCAUGGAGAAAGGGAUGAGGAGACCUUCGUGGAACAAAUCGCAGGCCAUUCAGCAAGUGAUAAUGCUGAAGAAGCUUCUAGAAGCUGAUCCUGAAGCUGGUUCGGUUAAGGGCCCUAAUCAUACCGGCCAUGGCAGCAGCUACGCUGUUAAAGAGAGUGUGCCUAGUUUUGCUCCUAAAGGUAAAUGCAGGGAUGAACAAAUUUCUGUAGCCUCAAAGGGAAAGACACCGCAUCAUAUAGCCGAUCUGAACAAACCUGACCGGUCGGAGGGUUUUUCAGGCACUUUUGCAGCCGCCAAGGAUGAAUCUUCUCGGCCAAGAAUCGUAUGUACAACAGAUAUUGGAGCUGGGCAAAUGACGAUAUUCUAUGGCGGGAAAGUGAAUGUAUACGAUGAUAUCCCCGCAGAUAAGGCACGUGCGAUAAUGCACAUUGCCGCAAGUCCGCUAGAUUUUCAAGAGGAGCAGCUUACUGAUGCUAAAAUACUGCAACCUUUACCUGUUCUCCCGAAGCCUCACAGCACGAAAAUGCGCCAGACUUCUGCUGAUGUUAGCUUUUCACAUUUCCAAAUAGCGAACAUGAAGGACAACUCACCAAUGCAUGGAGAAGAUAAUAUGAUGCUUCUUGAAGGGACCCCUGUGGAAGGUCCUUCCGGGCGAAAAGCAUCAGUACAGAGAUAUCUCGAGAAGAAGAAAGACAGGUUCAAGAGCAAGAGAAAGGGAGGAUUUACCUCAUGUGCCAGCUUGGAUAUGUACUUUAAUCAUCAAGUGUGUAAUCAAAUACCGACAAUUGACAGUUCACUGGAGAGUGAUUCACUGCAAAACGCUUGUAUUUCCACUGGUCUGAGUAACAAAGGUUUACAGGUGGACUCGACCUGA